CCCUCUUUGAGUCAUUUCAGCUCAGUUCAUAGAACCCAUUUUCAUAACAGAAAUGUGGAUGAUGGGUUGUAACGAUAUGUCUGAUUCCUUCAACGGCAGGAGACUUCGUCCUCUCAUGCCAAGACCCACUUCAAAUACUACUAAUGCUGUACCUGCAACUACACCUUCAACUCAUCCUUAUUUUAGUCGUAUUCAUGGCUCCUCUGAUCUCUUCCCAUUAAAUACCCAUCUGGAGCAAAGCAAGAGAGAGUUCAGUGCUCAACCCGUAGUUAGUUCAAGAUGGAACCCCACACCUGAACAGUUAAGGUCCUUAGAGGAGUUGUAUCGACGUGGAACUCGCACACCGACGGCCGAGCAAAUCCAACACAUCACUGCUCAGCUUCGUCUGUUUGGUAAGAUUGAAGGUAAAAAUGUGUUCUAUUGGUUUCAGAAUCAUAAAGCUAGAGAACGACAGAAACGCCGAAGACGAUUGGAAUCUGUUGCUGCUGCUGAAGAACAACAUCGAUACGGCAUGGAAAACUUGGAAAAGAAAGAUUCAGGUUCAAGUAGGACAGGAAGCUUUGAAGUAGAACCGAACAGGAACUGGGCAACCCCUACAAACUGCAGUACACUUGCAGAGGAAUUUGUUUCAAUGCAAAGAGCAGCAGUAGCAGAAAGUAGACCAGACGAAUGGAUUCAAUUUGGGGAGGGAGAAAUAUUACAACAGCAGAAGCCAAGCUUGCCAGAAAGUCAUGCCACGUGGCAGAUGAUGAAUCAGAUAUCUUAUUCUACUCUUCCCACCCACCUCAUAAACACUAUAACCAGAGCUACUGAAGAACCAAUAAAGCUCACAAGCUAUGAAAGCCUCUGCAGUGAUCAAAAUGAGGAAUAUGGAGAAUCUAACACACUUCAGCUCUUCCCACUUCACAGUGACAAUACCAAUAAUGGUGUUAAUGGUGCAAAGGAGGAGACCAAGCUGGGUAGUAUUCAAAUGAUGAAUACUACUACUGAUUACACUCCAUACCAAUUUAUUGAGUUCUUACCCACGAAGAACUGAAGAAGGAGACUAACUUAGUAACUUACCCAUGUGGUGAGGGAUUGGGUUUUGUGUCACUUUGUCAUAUGCGUGUGAGAGUUAAGAUGGAAGGGUUGUUUUUAGAUUUUGUUGUUAUUAGAAACUGUUACUGUUCUUGUUGUUAUAUACAUCAUAGGAAGUGGGAAUCUGAAAGGGUUGGUGGAUAUUGGGUAUUUAGUGAUGUGGGUGUGAAGAAGGAGCUAGCUUUCCUUAAACUGCAUUUCAACCAUGUUGUUUACAUCAGUGAAGGGCUUCAACUUAAAAAUAUUACAGGGUUCACUGUUUGACACUA